GUUUUAGUCGUAGAGCGUGAAACGUUUUAGAAGCAUAAACUCUUGUAUGAGUUUGAUGUGAUUAGUGAACAUAAACAUGAAUGAUCAUAAGACUGAGCCGGAUAACAAUGUAUAAACAGUACACAGAAUUUCCAAAAGAAUGGAAAGAAGUUGGUAGAAGUUUAGGUGUCAAGGAAGUUUCUAAUGCAUAUGUCAGUGCAUUCCUGAAAAACAGGGCACCGCAUUCGAAACUCGAUGGUGUCAAAGAGAAAAUAUUUGAUUUGACCAGUAGCAUCGUGCCAAAAAAGAAAGAGAAGAUUAUUAAAAAGAAAAGUUACAUUGCAGAGAAAAUACGUAAAAUAAAAUUAGAUAAGAAGACUCAAUUCUCCUCGUUUGUCCCACUACACGAAUUAUGGAAGCAAUACAUGGACGAUAUUCUGCCCGAUAACAUACUAAGUUUGCAGAACAACUCUGCCGAACUGCUCCAUUUACUCCAGAAAGCAGAUUAUCACGGCUGUUAUCUGGUGGUUGCCGCCUCAAAGUGUUCCCCCUAUGUCGGAUGCAAAGGAAUCGUCAUAAUGGAAACGAAGAACACGUUUAGGAUAGUGACACCCAAGAAUAUUGUCAAAACAAUUCCCAAGAAUAAUACAACCUUUGCAUUCGAAUUAAAAGGGAAGAUAUUCAAGAUAUACGGAAGUCAUUUUCGGCAUCUUCCCGGAGAGCGGUGCAGAGCAAAGUUCAAGAGCAAGUGACGAGAGAGUUGUCCCAUAAAGUCGAAUAAAUUACUUUUACCUUAAACAUAACCUUUAUAAUUCGUGUGCUAAUUAGUGAGAAAAUUGAUGAUUUUGCUGUUUGCUGUGGUGCCGCAAUGGCUCUGAAAUCUGUCUUCGCAAACUUUUGGAAACAAUGGGCUAAAUCUGUUUAUUCUAAAAUAUUGGAAUGAAAGUUUAGUUAAGAGUAGAUCAAUAGAUUAAGUAACAAGGCCCACAAACCCACAAUAAUAAUUGAUAUCUGCCUUACUGUGUUACAGUUCAGUACUAUGCAGUCUCAGAGUUUCACUGAUACCGAGGUGGGCCGACUCAAAAUGUGGUCAAACAUUUGUGAGUGCAGUUAUUUAUUUUCUGCAUGCAAAAGAAACAAACUUAACUAUCAUUUAUUGUAUGCAGCAGCAUUAUGACUGGGAGACGGGCGUUUGCGAAUGGUAGAUCUGUACAAUGAUCAGUAAACUGGCCAACUCACAAUUGCAGUCAUGGCCAUGUGGGAAGAAUGAUUCAGAAAGACAGGCAAAUAGAUGACAACAAACCCGACAUUUUAUGCUGUUUCAUACACAAUACUCCAUUCCUCCAGUGUUUUGGUACACGUUGGGCACCAAAAAAACUGGAGGAAUAACAUGAAACAAGCAGAUAAACCUCUCCUCCUCAAAACAUCUCAUACUACAGACAGGAAGGCUCUAGGUUUCUCACUCUUAUUAUUAUAGGUGACAAAACAAUGCCACACCUUUGAAAAUCAGAAUCAAAAUGGGCAAGCACAGUUUGGAAACUUCCCUCAUCCCCACAACAAAAGUUGAAUAUACCAUGAUUUUUUUGGCAAAUAAUAAUAGUUUUAGGACCACAUGCUUAGGAUGUCCUGCUUGUGAACGUUCUUCCCAAGGCACCAUUGUGAAUGCAGCAAGUUAUUUGUAAGACUCUGGACAGACUGAAAGCCUAUUCGCUGCUGAAAACCUGGCAUGCUGCAAACAAGUGAUCACCAGCUGUUGUCAUAUCAAGGAUAUCCACUGGGAGGUUUUGGAACACCCUUCCCUUGUCCAGGAUCUGGUCCUUGGUUACCAUCUGUUUGACCAUUGAAAAGGCAUCUUGGCAGAUUAAGGUUUGCAACUACAUUAUACUUGCAAUACACUGUCUUGAACUGGCCGGAGGGGUUCGACAUAACUUUAUUCUCUGCUGGAAUGGAUGCGCGUGCCCAAAAAUCUACUCAUUAUUUUAAUCCAUUGCCACCUUUCUGGGAAUCGACAUAAAAACAGCUAAUGUGGUUGGCACAUGCUCCUUAAUCAGAGUGUCUAACAUACUCUAUGACAAAUAUUUCGUCCUUUGUCGGCACAGCCCUUAAAAUUUAGAAUAUCACAGGAAUAGUCCCAUUUAUAGAUCUCUUGCCCCUUUGGCAUGCAUACUCUGCAGUUGCACAGAUUGCUUCCUCUACAAUACGUCUGAGGCAGAUUGUAUUUCUAAGGUAUUCCAAAUUAUAAGGAACAUGUUGAUCCUUUCAGGUUACUGGGCAUUUAUGACAUACUGAUAAGAGAGUAGAC